AUGUCUGACGAUGCCACGGUGUAUUUCGAGCUUGCGGGCAUGCUAGCCGAGUCCAGACAGUACACAAACUCAGAUUUGGUUUCUAUACUUGGUGCAAUAGUUCAAUUAGUCCAAAAAUGGCCGGGAGAGCAUUCCAACACCGUCACUAUUCUACAAUUAUUGGCACUUCGAACCUCGUUAGUUGUGUUCCCUGUGCUGUGUUUGGUGGAAAUAUUGACCAGUUUGCCAUUACCGUCGUCAAAAGUGUCAAAUAGUGAUUUUUUGGUUGAAAGCAACGACUGGGGAGAAGUGGCCCAGCUGCUAAGUCUGCGAUUGAAGCCUGAUUCGAACAACCUCUACAAUCGUUCAAGCCCUAUAGUACGAGAGGAAACGGUUAAUGAGCUUCAGAAAGAAAUUUCACAAAAGUGUCGUGAUUUGGGGUGGAUUACACAUAACACUGAUGAUGUACAGCAACUUCUCUUUCUGUUCUGCAAGGUUUAUACCUGUCGCUACUCAGAGAUAUCCCGGGAUUUGCGAGCUUGUCAACCAUUGUUUGACCUUGUUUCAGAUUAUGAUCCAUUCAAACGCUGGCUCGAGGGGAUCGUGGAACCCCAUCUGUACUACAGUGAAGUUUGUGAGAACAUAGUUGACGAUUGUGUCAAUUUGCGUCGUUUCGACUCUCUAACUUCGGUUCAGGAACAACUUUCCGUAUUGUAUGAGCCGUUGGGCGUCGAACUGUCUUCGAACAUUCCCAUUGACCGUUGGAUAAUUCGAGUCUUGCUCCCGUUAACCAAGUUUCACAAUUGUGGAUUGGAUCCCAUUUUGAAUUGGAUGGUCAACACUUCUGCCGAUAUGAAGUUGGCUGAGAUCUUUACGUUUUGGAACAAGUGUAUCUCAGCCAUUUUGCUGGUCGGUUCGUCUUCACCUGCCGAUUCAGAUGCAUUACUCAAACGUUUCCUUGCUAUUGCAUAUUACUAUUCCUUGACCUUGGAUUCCAAAUCCACCUCAAUGGCCAUUCUAUCAUCCUACUAUCUGAUCCGAAGUACUUUGCAGUUUUUCUUAGAUCCAGCUGAAGUAGCUGUGCCUCACGCAGAUAUGAACAACUCCUUGAAAGAUAUCAAGUUGGACUCAUUCGACCAAUUUUUGAGGGAAAAUCCAUUGGUAAUUCAGCCAAACGCGGAAAGUGUGCACCAUCUUUUGAGCAUUAUCGAAACAUGUUCCUCAUUAUAUCCUAUAAACAAGCUCACCAUCUCCGGCUAUUUCCAAUUAAUGACAAGCGAGGUGAGCAGCGAAAAGGAAGUCACAAAAAUACUUUCUGGUGUGAAUGCCGGCAAUUGCACGCAGCUCUUGUCGUCAGUAGACUCGUUUGUGUCGACAUUUAUGGGUUCUGAGCAACUGAAAGAUGUCAACAAAGCUGUUCUCGAGCGUCUUUUGGUAGCCAAUUUGUUUGAGGAAUCCAAAUUAUUUGCAUCGUCAAAGAAUAUUUCUCACAACGUGAUUUCGGAGCUUGUAAUGGCCAAAUUUUGGGACAGUUUCAAUAGUGCUUCCAGCAUGAACGAGAACAUGGAUGGACUUAAGCAUGCUCACGAAUGCAUAAAGAUUAUGGAUGGCAUCGAAGGAGACCAUAGCGACAUUGUAGGUGUCAAGCACUUACUCAAAGCAAUUUCAAACUUGAAAAACUUUAAGAUUCUGGUCAAUGGACAGAAAAUUGUACCAGCACAAGUCAUUAGCAAAUUCGGAGCCUCGAGUUCUCAGCUUGGUUCGGGUACACCUAUGACAUUAAUAACACUAAUUUUGGAGCAGAACCCCAAAUCUUAUUUGGCAUUUGGCAAGCUUCACAAAAUCCUCAAUGAUUUGGGGAUCUUUUUUGGACACAAUCUCGAUCACAGUUUCAGCAAACUCAAUUCUGUCUGUAUUGAAUCGGCCCUCAUUGACAACAACUUUUCCUACGCUUACAAACGAUCCAAGGAGUUAUUUUCCCAUUACAAAGACAACUCACAAGCUACAGAAGAUAUUGGAGAGUACUGGCUCACAUUCUACCAGGUUGGCAAGUAUGCGCUGCCGGAUUGGAUCAAUGAUUUGGACGGUAUAAGUGACUCUCAGUUACAAGUACUUAUCAAGCAAAGAGAAAUAUUGUCGACUGCACUCAUCUAUUGUCGAAGCAACAAUAACAGUGUUGGUAAUAGCAAGCUUUUGUUGCGUCAAUGGGAAAUAGUCAACGAUCAGAUUGACAUGUAUUAUCAGAACCUUCUGACACCACUGUCAGUUCAGCAGGAGACAACGGUGGUGAACAAUUUACUUAGCGAGGCAGCAAACACCACCCACCAAACGAGUGAAAAGAUCUCCAAGCUCUUUGCAUCUGGUUUGGGCUGGGCAUUGGGUGCUAAUCCCUCAUAA